AUGGAGCGGUUUUUGCUUGCCAACGGCUACCAGCUCGGCAGGACCAUUGGGGAGGGGAUGUACUCCAAAGUGAAGGAGGCUUUUUCCCAAAAGCACCAGAAGAAAGUGGCAAUUAAAAUAAUUGAUAAGAAGGAAGGCCCAGAAGAGUUUAUUCACAGAUUCCUGCCCCGGGAGCUCCAGAUCGUCACGCACUUGGACCACAGGAACAUCAUCCGCGUGCACGAGAUGCUGGAAUCCGCAGAGGGGAAGAUCUGCCUCGUGAUGGAGCUGGCGGAGGACGGGGAUAUCUUUGACUAUGUGCUCCACGAGGGUCCCCUGCCCGAGCCCCGUGCCAGGGCGCUCUUCCGCCAGCUGGUAGAGGCCAUCCGGUACUGCCACGACUGCGGGGUGGCCCACCGCGACCUCAAAUGCGAGAACGCCCUGCUGCAGGGCCGCACCUUGAAGCUGACGGAUUUUGGCUUCGCCAAACUGCUCCCCAGGGACCGCAGGGAGCUGAGCUGGACCUUCUGCGGCAGCACAGCCUACGCGGCGCCCGAGGUGCUGCAGGGCGUACCCCACGACAGCCGCAAGGGCGAUGUCUGGAGCAUGGGCGUCAUCCUCUACGUCCUGCUCUGCGCCCGCCUGCCCUUCGACGACACCGACAUCCCCAAGAUGCUGCACCAGCAGCAGAAAGGCAUCUCCGUCCCCAGGCACCUGGGGAUCUCCAAGGAGUGCCAGAACCUCCUGAAAACCCUCCUGGAACCGGACAUGACCCUGAGACCCUCCAUCGAGGGGGUCAGCAGGCACCCAUGGCUGACUAACCCCUGA